AUGGGGGAGCUGCGCGAGGUGGAGGGCAGCGCGCUGCGGCGGCUGCUGCGCCGCGAGCCGGAGGGGCCGGGCUCGAACCCCAGCCCCAAUCCCGGGCGCUGCCUGCUGCUGGACUGCCGGCCCUUCCUGGCCCACAGCGCCGGUCACAUCCGCGGCGCGCUCAGCGUGCGCUGCAACAGCAUCGUGCGGCGCCGCGCCAAGGGCGCAGUGACCCUGGAGCAGAUCCUGCCGGCCGAGGCCGAGGUGCGCGCCCGCCUGCGCGCCGGCCUCUACUCCGCCGUGGUGCUGUACGACGAGCGCAGCGCCCGCGCCGAGAGCCUGCGGGAGGACAGCACCGUCUGGCUGGUGGUCCGGGCGCUGCGCCGCGACACGGCGCGCCCCGACAUCCGCCUGCUCAAAGGAGGCUACGAGAGGUUUUAUUCAGAGUACCCAGAAUUCUGUGCAAAAACAAAAUCCCUGAGCAGCAUUUCUCCACCGACCAGCAUGGAGCCAGUCGAACUGGGGUGCAGCUCCUGUGGAACCCCCCUGCAUGAUCAGGGAGGCCCAGUCGAAAUCCUUCCCUUCCUCUACCUUGGCAGCGCGUAUCAUGCGGCCCGGAGGGACAUGCUGGACACACUGGGCAUCACAGCCCUCUUGAACGUCUCGUCGGACUGUCCCAAUCACUUUGAAGGACACUAUCAGUACAAGUGCAUCCCAGUGGAGGAUAACCACAAGGCUGACAUCAGCUCCUGGUUCAUGGAAGCAAUAGAGUAUAUCGACUUGGUGAAGGACUGCCAUGGCCGGGUGCUGGUGCACUGCCAGGCUGGCAUCUCCCGCUCUGCCACCAUCUGCUUGGCCUACCUGAUGAUGAAGAAGCGCGUGAAGCUCGAGGAGGCCUUUGAGUUUGUCAAACAGCGCAGGAGCAUCAUCUCCCCCAACUUCAGUUUCAUGGGUCAGCUGCUGCAGUUUGAGUCCCAAGUACUGGCGACCUCCUGUGCUGCCGAGGCUGCCAGCCCCUCAGGGACGCUGAGAGAGCGGGGCAAGGCCUCCUCCACGCCGACCUCCCAGUUUGUGUUCAGCUUCCCGGUCUCCGUGGGCAUGCAUGCAACCCCCAGCAGCCUGCCCUAUCUGCACAGCCCCAUCACCACCUCACCCAGCUGUUAGCACCUGGCACUAGCUAAGGCACUAGGCAGCGCCUCCAGCAGGAGGGAUGCUGCCCUCCCAGCUGCCGUCAGCCAUGAGACUGCAAGAACUGACUGGCAUCGCUGGCCAGCCUUGACACUGAGCAAUAAGGGCUGGUCUGCCGCUGGCUUCAAACUGACUAUAGGGGCCUUUUUUUUCAGAAAGAAACUUCUUACCUCAUAGAUGACUUUUUUUUUUUUUUUUUUAAAGCAGUAAGGCUUGAAGUUGUGAAUUCCACAAAGCCUGACAUGUCUGACCAGUUUUGUUUUGGCGAAGAAAAUUUAUAAUUUCCUAAAGUGCCUGUUUUUUUUAUUUCCCCCCCCCAAAUUCUUUAAUUCGACCCUCAAAAACACCCAGCAGAAAUAUUUUUAACCUGGGCAGGAGACUUCUGGUUUUAAAACAUGGACUUGCUAAACUCAAAGUUUGAGACCAUGAGAUUGAUUGCAGUACUUUCCUCUGAAUAUUGAAAUGCAACAUUUGUGCUGUCAGUGAUUGCAUAAUCUUUGUUUUAACUAUGAGCACAACAGCAUGCAGGUCUCAAAGCAGCUAGAGAACAAAUGAUCUUAGCACACACCUGCAAGGACAAACAUGGGGAUGCUGUACCAUUCUCCUGUCAGGGGACAGGGAUUAACGUGCAUUUUCAGGCUGAACACAAGUGAGUUCAGAUCACUCAGUCACUGCGCCAUGGACUCUUCCAUCCAAGGAACACUCUGUGCAGCGUGGGUAGCUCAUAGGGGUAUUAUCCUGUCCCCUUCCUAGCCCUGCUUGUAUCUUGCAUCAGGAAAGGGGUAGUACCUUUACUUGGGUAUGGCCAAUGCUUGUACAUAUGCAUUGCACUCAUCACACUUACCUGGAACACUGUGUGCAUCUUGGCCUGAGCUCAUGUUGACUCUGUGCCAAGGCUUCUGGAUGCUUUCUUGGGCUCCAUCCUCUGAGGAUAUAAGGUAACAGUGCUAUGCUGGGAAGCUUGUGACCAUGGCAUGCUCUGGUGAUCAGUAAUUCAUAAGCAUCAGUGACAGUAGGGUGCUGCUCUGACUGCUUCAGAAAUGUUAUUCCCCAACUCAGCAUAGCCGUUUUAUCCACUUGAGCAGCGUUUUCUCCAGGAGGGAAGAAUCUUGACACCUGCGGCAGGACAGUGUCACUGUCCUAUCUGUAGAGUCAGGAGGCCUUUCCCCCUCUGAAUGUACAGUGCAGUUGGGUGUGGAUGGUGUCCGUCAGUGGGCACCCAUCCUUUAAAGCCAUGAGUCUGCAAGGCCCUGCUCCAGCCAGUAAUGAAUCCAGCUCUACUAAGACUCUGUCCUGCCUGAGCCUGCAUUUGCUGGUUAGGUGGUGACUAGCUUUCUGUCCCCUUGUCAGGGUCCCUAGCGUCACUAGCUGCAUGCAGAUCCUGGUCCCCUUGGCACAACUCCCAUUUACUUCACUGAGAUCUGGGGCUAACAAGGUAUGUCUGCACUGCUCAAAAAAAAUCCAGGAACCCUGCAGCAGUGAAUCUCAGAACUCGGGUCAGCUAGGGGGGUAUGAACAGCUGUGUAGACAUUCUGGCUUGGGCUGGAGCCUGGGCUCUGAACCAUGGGAGCUCUAAACCUCCCUGCCACAAGUCUGGGUUUUAGUUGUGUUGGGUGAUAUAGAGACAACCCUGGGGUCCAUGGCAGCAAGCCCAAUUUUCCAGCCCAGCAGAUUGAAAUAGCUCCAUUAGCUGCUGCUUUGUUUAUUUCAAUCUGCUGUGACUGGGAUGCUGGACAAUUCUGGCCACUUGGGCACAGACCUUCCCUUACCUUGCUGGCAGUGUUUAUUUCUCCAUGGGACUUGUGCCUUAGUUCUGUUUGAAACUGUCUUCCCUAGAACAGUUGCACAGCUGAGAACCAUCAGUUCCCCAGACCUAAAUACUGCUGGACAAGCUGACUGUUCUGCCGUGUGGGGGGCUGUUUGUGGCAGAAGGAAGCAUUAGUGUUUGCCAAAAUGAUAUCUCAGUCAUGACCCACCAACCCUUUCUGAGCAGGGGUUUCUCUUCUCAUUCAGCCUCCCUUAAACACCAUCUUGGCCCCUAACAGCCUGGGUUGGAAUGUGCUAAAAUUACCCAUUAAGGGAACAAACUCAGUAGCUACCAGGGGAAGGAGAACAUUCAUCCUUGCAUUAAAAACCAGUCUGUUAAAUGAAGAUAGUGUGGCUCAAAUGUUCAACGUAGGCAGCUAAGCUGCACCUCUGAGCUCCAGUCAACACUGGGUACUUGCACAGGCCAGCUGCUUUUACUUUUGCAUGUGCCAGUGUCUCGCAGUCAUGGUUUGGGGUUUUGGAAAUGAGUCCCGUUGUAUGUGCCACAGUAAAUUGGUAACUCCUCAUCAAGUCAAGGCCUCAGGGAUCUGAUCAAGGAAAAGAUGGAGCACUCACCAGCCUGCAGUUAGCACUGAGCAAAAUUGCAUUUUGUAUAAUUCUGCUGUUAAUGCAAACGCACCAUGUAGUUUGUGACCUCUUCCCUGGGAGCAGGGUUCAAAACUGCCCUCACCUGCCCUUUUUUACUACUGUAUUAACUGGUCAAAGAAGUUCAGUGUUUGUGGCAGGGAAUCACUGUUUACCAAGAGCAAGAAACCAUUCAAACCUAGCUGAACGUGUUGGGUCACUGGGUCUCUGUUGUCUUUGCAGUUUCUUCCGUGUUGAGUGGGGUGGAGGUGAGCACCUUGCCCUCAGCACCUGUGAGGUAGCCAGCUAAGGCUGGAGCUCGGGUGAGUGGCUGACUGGGCAGUGAGCACUUCAUGCUGAUUCCCUAGUCCUGGCCACUGUAGCAGGGUGGGGAGUGUAGAAAGAAGUGGAGCUUGGUGCCAGUGCCAUGGAGGGGGGGGACGACAGGUGUUAAUCCCCUGGUAUCACAGCAGGUAUUGUGAUUUUCAGGGACAGUUCCACCUGGCAGGGGAGGCACCAGCACCAGGCCCUUCCUGCUCCCUGAGUGUGGGCCCAAAGCAAGCAGGGCCUCAGGUUAACACUUUAUCCACAAGAUGGCAGCUCCAGCUGGCAAUGCUGGAUAGUGCCCUACCCCCUGCCCAUUUGGGUAGGGGUGGCCUGGCCUCCUCUGGUCCCACAGUCUCACUUCUGUCUAGGCGCACACAGGGGCGUGCGUUAUUUGCUUUAGCGCUGGCUCCUUAAAUGGCCACUGAUCUCUUGUCCUGCACUUUAAGUAACAAAAUACCAUGGCCCACUAGAGGAGAGCAUCCUUGCUUUUGAUGUUUGCCCACUAUCUGUCCACCAGGCUGCCCUCUGACCAAGGUGCCACAGAUGCUUCUCCCAGGGUACAACGAGGCAGCUUUGGAUAAAAUCCAGAGAGCAAUGCAAUAAUUUCUGGGCCCAGCCCCAUCACUCACAGUGGUCCUGUUGCUGCAGAUGUCUGUAGGUGUGUCAGCUGUACAUAUGUGUGUUUGUUUUUUUUUUUUAGAAAGUUGACAUGUUUGUUUUUAUUUAUUGCCUGAGA